UUCUUAUUUGCGGAUGUCCUCAGUGUUUACCCCAAUACAAAAAAAAAAUGGCGGAGACCAGCAAUGAGUUAAAAGUUGAAGCAAAUCCGGAAUUUUUCCACCUAAGUCAUAAGAGAAGAAAAGCUUUGUUAAAGAAACAGAAAAGAAAAAUCAAGAGACAAGCAGAAGCCAGGGAAAGAGAUGAAAAACUCCAGAAAGAAGAAGAGCUGAAAAAGAAUUCACCAACCUUCCAACAUAAACAAGCAUAUGAGGAAGAGCUUGAAAAGGCAGAGCUUUUACGAAUAGAGGCGGAGUCACAGAGACAAAGGGAAUUGUGGGAGUGGCAUGAGGAAAUAUAUAAGCAAAGAUUGAAAGAGAAGGAGGAGCAAGCAGAACGUGAAAAACAAUUAAAAAUUGAAAUAGAGAGAAAGAUAAAAGAAGAAUGGGAGGAAAGACAGAAGAAAGAACAUGAAGAGGAAGAAGAGAAAAGAAAGAAGAAGGAAAAACAGGAGGAACUUCUGAAGCAGGCUAGAGAAGCUGAAAAUAAGGAUGGUGAUUGGUCAAAUCCGCUUGCCCCAGUACAGUAUGGGAAAGAGAGACAGGUAGAAAAUUGUCCGUUCUUUGUGAAAGUUGGAGCAUGCAGAUUUGGAGAUAGGUGUUCGAGAGCUCAUCCGUACCCAGAUAGCAGCCGUACAUUGUUAUUCUCAAACAUGUUCCGGCAUUUCCAGCUUGAUCAAGGUCAAUGUGAGGAAUAUGACACAGAUAUAGUGCUGGAGUAUGAAGAUAGUGAGGUCUACCAAAAGUUUCGUGAGUUUUAUGAGGACACCCUGCCAGAGUUCAAGGUCAUUGGGCACAUGGUUCAGUUCAAAGUAUGCUGUAAUUAUCAACCUCACCUUAGAGGAAAUGUUUAUGUGUCGUAUUCCAGGGAAGACCAUGCACUGGAAGCACUUACAAAAUUCAAUGCUAGAUGGUAUGGGGGAAAACAAAUAUCUGCCCAGUUUGUGGAAAUACCAUCCUGGAGAAGGGCAAUUUGUGGAUUAUUUGGUAAGGGACGCUGCCCAAAAGGUAGAGAAUGCAACUUUCUUCAUGUCUUUAAGAACCCAAACAAUGAGUUUAAUAUGGCUGACAGAGAUAUGGAGCCAUUUACUCCUCAACAAGGCUUUCAUCGAAGAAAUAGAAGGUCAAGGUCACAAGAUAGGAGAUACUCACCUUCAAGGUCAUCAAGGAGUCGCAGACGUUCACGGUCACGUGACGGACAUGACAGUAAUAGGUUCAACAGUAGAUAUUCCAGACAUAAUUCAAGGUCACCAGAAAGACAUAAAUCAUAUAGAUCAAAACACAGAUCAAGGUCACCUGAUCAAAGGUCAUAUAACAAAAGAAAUAGGUCAAGGAUUCCUGAUUAUAGGUCAAGUCGUUCAAGACAACGAUCCAGGUCUCCUUAUAGAAAAAGUAGUUCACAUAGGUCAAAGGAGAGUAAAAUCAAGGACAGAUCUAGAUCUCAGUCAAAGGACAGUUCACCAGGGAAAUCCCCUUGUAGAGAAAAAAAAUCAAAAGAGAACAAUGUUUCUAAUUCUCGUAAAUCUGUUUCAGUGGAUAAUAUUGAAAGUUAUGAAAAUAGUGUUAACAAUAAUGAUAUGCUGGUUUGGGUGGAAAAGACUAAAGAGAGUUUUGAUAGCAAUAAAACCAGCAAGAAUUACAGAUCCCAUUCUCCAGACGACAGUGAUAAGGAGAGAGUUGAAAGGUCAAACUCUGACUCUGAGAAUGAGUCACAUAGGAAGAGACAUAAAAAAUCUAAAAAACAUAAAAGAUUGAAAGAAAGUUGAUAUGAAACUUUCUACUAGUAGUUUUUUCUAAUUUGAUAAGUUUUUUUUUUGGUCAUGCUGCUUAAAUCAUUCUGAUAAAUAAAACUGUGUAUGGAAUAUUA